UUUCUAUUCUCACUUAUGUUAAGAACCUCCACCUCGCUGAACAAUAUAACCUCUAUUCAAUCCCUCAGCGAUGGAGAGACAUUGAUUUCACAUGAAGGAAUCUUUGAACUAGGUUUCUUCAGUCCUGGAAACUCAAAGGGCCGAUAUGUUGGUAUCUGGUACCACAAUAUGUCCCCUUUAACAGUUGUGUGGGUUGCCAACAGAGAAACUGCACUCAAUGAUACCUCUGGAGUUUUAAAAGUAACCCAUCAAGGACUUGUUCUCCUUGUUAAUGGCACCAGCAACAGCACUGUGUGGUCUUCCACCAUGUCAGGGAAAGCGGAGAAUCCGGUUGCACAGCUCCUGGUCUCAGGAAAUCUUGUUGUCAAAGAUGGCCAUAAUGGGGAGCACUUCUUGUGGCAGAGUUUUGAUUUUCUUGGUGAUACACUCUUGCCAGGAUCAAAGAUAGGUUGGGAUCCAGUGACGGGGCUAGAGAGAACUUUAACAUCUUCGAGAAGUGCUGAUGAUCCUGGCCAUGGAGACUUCAAAUUUAGAAUAGACCCCAGAGGCAUUCCACAAGCUGUUCUAACAAAUGGAACUGUCAUAAUGGUCAGAGUGGGACCCUGGAAUGGACUUGUGUUUUCAGGAGCUACAAUUUAUUUGCGCUAUACUAAAAUACUGCCAACUGAUCAUGAUUUCCGUGAAAAGGAGCUAAUUUGUAAGCUCCAACCUUUAGAUACCUAUAGUGUUAUUAGAAGUGUGGUGACCCCUUGGGGCGGUGUACAGCUUCUACAUUGGUCAAGAUUAACCGACAAGAAAAAGAAGGAAGAUUUAUCAUUUGAAGAGGAACCGGUGGCUAUAGUUGAUCGCCAAGUAAAGAAACUACGUUCUAAAGAGAUAGCGUCUGUGAAGGUUGUUUGGAAGAAUCAUUCGGUAGAAGAAGCAACUUGGGAAGUAGAGGACGCUAUGCGCGACAAAUAUCCGUAUUUGUUUGAGUCCGAAGAUACGGGAGUCAUUCCAGGUUCCAUUCCACCUGCUCCUCAGCAGGAUCCUCGUUGUGGGAGUUACCAUUCCGGUAUAUGUUUCAAGGCUACUGGUGCAUGUUUUGGUUGUGGUCAAUCUGGUCAUCUUAGGAGGGAUUGUCCAAAUCCUAGAGGAGGCUUUGCUCCAAGUAUUGCACGUCCUACAACACCAAUGCCAUCAUCUUCAGCUAUGUCUAUUGAAAAUUCUUCUGGUCCUAGUGGCAGAGGAGCAGGUGGCAGGGGUCAGACUUAUAACAGAGGAGGGAGCCAAAGAGGAAGAGGUCAGGCACGUGUGUAUGCUUUAACACGUCAAGAUGCUCAAGCUUCUAUUGCUGUGGUGGCAGAACCAAUGGAAGAUAUUGAUGUCAUCUUAGGCAUGGAUUGGUUAGCAGCUUGUCAUACUGAUGUGGGCUGUUACUCCAAAACUGUGAAGUUUGACAUACCGGCUAGCAUCAUCUCAUCUAUGAGUGCUAUGCAAUUGAUGGAUAAGGGGAACCAAGGAUUUCUGGCAGUUGUUAGAGAUGUUGAUGCCGAAGUGCCUAGUCUUGAUCAGGUUCCUAUAGUUAGAGAAUUUCCUGACGUGUUCCCUAAUGAGCUACCAAGGAUGCCACCUGACCGCGAAGUUGAGUUUUCCAUAGAAUUAGCUCCGGGAGUCCAACUUGUGUCCAUUCCUCCCUAUCGUAUUCUGACGAAUGCGCCUGCAGCUUUCAUGGACUUAAUGAAUCGAGUCUUCAAACCUUUCUUAGAUCACUUUGUUAUCGUCUUCAUCGAUGAUAUCUUGGUGUAUUCGAAAAAUGAUACGGAGCAUGAGUAUCAUUUGAGGAUUGUGUUACAAACCUUAAGGGAUCACAAGCUUUAUGCUAAGUUUUCUAAAUGUGAGUUUUGGCUUGAUCAAGUGACAUUUUUGGGGCAUGUGGUAUCAAAAGAUGGAAUCAUGGUGGAUCCAAAGAAAGUAGAAGCCGUUCAGAAGUGGCCAAGGCCUACUACAGUGACGGAAAUUCGUAGCUUUCUAGGAUUGGUCGGUUACUAUCGGCGAUUCAUCAAGAACUUCUCCAGAAUUUCGGCACCAUUAACCAAGUUAACUCAGAAAAAUGUGAAGUUUCAAUGGUCAGAAGCUUGUGAGGAAAGUUUCCAGACACUUAAGACUUGUCUAACCUCAGCACCAGUUCUUGUUUUACCUUCUGGGUCUGGGAGAUUCUCAGUCUUUUGUGACGCAUCUCGGAUAGGACUGGGUUGUGUAUUGAUGCAGCAUGGCCGCGUUAUUGCUUAUGCCUCGCGACAACUCAAGAAGCAUGAGCAGAAUUAUCCAACUCAUGACCUGGAAAUGGCAGCAGUCAUUUUUGCUUUGAAGAUUUGGAGACACUACCUUUAUGGUGAGACCUGUGAGAUCUAUACGGAUCACAAGAGUUUGAAGUAUAUAUUUCAACAGAAGGAUUUAAAUUUGAGACAACGGAGGUGGAUGGAGUUGCUAAAAGAUUACGAUUGUACUAUUUUGUAUCAUCCUGGAAAGGCAAAUGUUGUAGCAGAUGCCCUCAGUAGAAAAUCUAUGGGUAGCUUGGCCCAUAUCACUCUUGCAAGGAGACCAAUUGUUGAAGAAGUCCAUCAAUUGGAGGCCGGUGGAAUUCAAUUUGACAUUGGAGAAUCAGGAGUUUUCUUAGCACAUGUUCGAGCCCAAUCUUCCCUAAUAGAACAGAUCAAGGCUGCACAACGUGAUGACCCGAAACUAAGAAAGCUUAUAGAAGAUGUUCGCAAUGGGAGAAACUCAAAAUUUUCUCUUGAUCAAGAUGUCUUGCGUUGUGGUCAACGCUUAUGUGUGCCAGAUAACCACGACUUGAAGAAAGCUAUUUUGGAGGAGGCUCACAAUUCUAAGUAUACCGUUCAUCCGGGCUCCAAUAAGAUGUAUCAAGAUUUGAAACAAUUGUUUUGGUGGGAAGGCAUGAAAAAAGACAUAGGGAUUUUUGUUUCUCAUUGCUUAACUUGCCAACAGGUUAAAGCUGAACAUCAAAGACCUGCUGGGUUAUUGCAACAAAUUGAGAUACCUGAAUGGAAGUGGGAAAGGAUUACGAUGGAUUUUGUAACAGGUUUACCUCGUAGCUUUAAAGGUUUUGAUUCAAUUUGGGUAAUUGUGGAUAGAAUGACAAAGUCAGCUCACUUUCUUCCGGGAAUUAAUAUUCAUGUUGGUAAGGUCCUAGAAACAGAGGAGAUUCUGUCCGUUUUUCUGAAAUUUUGGUCGUUUGACUUGCUGAGGGACUUGUCCCUUGAGCGCCAGUCAUGGCCAGAAAUAUUUUGGUGGAAGCAAUGGGCUCACAAAAGGGAAAAAGAUGACAUGGAUCUGCCAAUAUUUGAUUUAUCAACCGUAGUUUAUGCCACUAAUUACUUCUCUAGUGACAACAAAUUGGGAGAAGGUGGAUUUGGAUCGGUAUACAAGGGUGCACUUGAAAAUGGGACAGAGAUUGCAGUCAAGAGGCUUUCCAUUGACUCUGAACAAGGACUGGAUGAACUUAAAAAUGAAGUUCAGUUAAUUGCAAAACUUCAGCAUCGCAAUCUUGUAAAGCUUCUUGGUUGCUGCAUUCAGCCAAACGAAAAACUCUUGAUUUAUGAGCUCGUGCCCAAUAGGAGUUUGGACACUUUUAUUUUUGAUGAUUCUAGAAGAAAAUUAUUAGAUUGGGCGAAGCGCUUUCAAAUUAUAGGCGGGACAGCUCGAGGACUAGUUUAUUUACAUCAGGAUUCUAGGCUAAGAGUUAUUCACAGAGAUCUAAAAGCUAGCAAUAUCCUUCUUGAUAAAGACAUGAACGCGAAAAUAUCAGACUUUGGUCUUGCUAGGACAUUUGCCGGAGAUCAAUCUGAGGCCACAACAAAAAGAGUGAUGGGAACUUAUGGCUAUAUUUCUCCUGAGUAUGCAGUGCACGGAUCCUUCUCAACGAAAUCUGAUGUGUUCGCCUUUGGCGUAAUUGUGCUUGAGAUAGUCAGUGGGAAGAAGAACAGAGAGUUUUGCGUCCCUCACCAACGUCUCUACCUUCUUGGACAUGCAUGGGAGCUCUGGAAUGAGGAGAGGCCUUUGGAGCUAGUGGAUGAAUCAGUGCGCGAUUCGGUCAUUGAAGUUGAAGCAUUGAGAUGCAUACAGAUAGGGCUUUUAUGUGUUCAAGGGAGACCAGAAGAUAGGCCUAACAUGUCAUCUGUAGUUCGUAUGCUGGAAGAUGAUAAACCGUUGCCUGAGCCGAGGCUGCCGGCGUUUUACUCGCACCAUGAAGAAUCUCUGGGAAGAGAUGAUGAAGUUUCAGCAAAUGAGGUUACCGUUUCAUCGUUAGGGGCAAGAUACGUAGUCUUUGGUGCUUUGUAUAUAAAUUUCUCUACAAGAGAGGAAGCAGUUAGAGCUUUGUCACUUGUUCCACGCAGAGAAAAGGCCUUGGAAGACCAAAUAAUGGCUGACAUCAUUCGCCUCAACGGCUCUGCUUCCACGGUCAAGAUCAACGGCGACAACUGGAACAAGUUGUACAUCACAAAAAUAAUGCAAAACAAGAAAAAUCUAUGGUUUUGGUCCAUUCUAUUGUCAUUUAUAUUAAGAAACUCUACCUCGCUGGACAAUAUAACUCCUUUUCAAUCCAUCACUGAUGGAGAGACAUUAAUUUCGAGUGGAGGAACCUUUGAACUUGGCUUCUACAGCCCCGGAAAUUCAAAGGGCCGAUACUUAGGAAUCUGGUACCAUAACAUAUCCCCUCAGGUAGUGGUCUGGGUGGCUAAUAGAGAAAAACCGCUCAACAACACCUCCGGAAUUCUAAAAGUCACCGGUGAAGGACUUGUUGUCCUUAUUAAUGGCAGCACCAACAGCAGCGUUGUAUGGUCCUCCAACAUGUCAAGCAAAGCAGGAGACAAACGGAAUCCAAUUGCACAGCUCUUGGAAUCAGGAAAUCUUGUUGUCAAAGAUGGUCAUAAUAGUGACCACUUUCUGUGGCAGAGCUUUGAUUAUCCUUGUGAUACAUUCGUGCCCGGAAUGAAGCUGGGAUGGGAUCUUGGGACAAGUCUAGAGAGGACUCUAUCAUCUUCAAAAAGUACUGAUGAUCCCGGCCGCGGACACUACACAUUUAGAAUAGACCUUCGAGGCGAUCCGCAAAUAGUUCUAAUGAAUGGAAAUGCCACAACAAUUAGAGUAGGGCCAUGGAAUGGGCUAAUGUUUUCAGGAGCUACACUUUAUUUGCGCUAUAGCCAAUUCUCAUCUCAAUUUGUUUUCAAUGAAAAAGAGGUGUUUGUUAGGUUCAGACCAGAAAAUACAUCCAAAUAUAUUAGAGGUGUAGUGUACCCUUGGGGAGGUAUUCAGGUUUUGCAUUGGUCAAUACAAACCAGAGGCUGGGAGACCCUUAUUUCUAUACCGGAGGCUGAAUGUGACAAGUAUGCUCUGUGUGGUGCAAAUUCUAUUUGCAGUACUACCCCUACUCCUGUCUGUUCAUGCCUUGAAGGAUUCGCACCAAAAUAUCCUGGAAAAUGGAAGGAAUCUGAUUGGUCUGAUGGUUGUGUUAGGAUCACUCCUUUAAGUUGCAGCAGAGAUGGAUUCAAGAAGGUCACCAGCAUAGUAUUGCCGGACACGUCUGCUUCUUGGUAUAACAGGACCAUGAACCUGCUGGAAUGCAAGGAAUUCUGUCUGAAAAAUUGUUCUUGUACGGCAUAUUCCAAUUUGGAUAUCCGUGAUGGAGGAAGCGGUUGCUUGAUCUGGUUUCAUGAUCUUAUUGACAUUAGACAAGGGACACAAGACUUCUAUAUUCGAAUAGAUGAUAAGAAGAAAAAUUAUUCCAGCAAGAGUAAGCUAGAAGGCAUCAUUGUUGGCUCUAUAUUGUUCAUCACGAUCAUAAUACUUGGACUGAAAUUAUUUCUAUGGAGAAAAAAACUUGAGGAUCCAGAUAUAUUUUGGUUGAAACAUGUUCGCAAAAUGGAAAAGGAAGACGCGGACUUUCCAACAUUUGAUUUAUCAACUAUAAUUUAUGCUACUGAUCAAUUUUCUAGCAGUAAUGAAAUGGGAAGAGGAGGAUAUGGACCAGUUUAUAAGGGUGUACUUGCAAACGGGACAGAGAUUGCAGUCAAGAGACUUUGCAAGAACUCCGACCAAGGACUGCAAGAGUUCAAAACGGAAGUUCAGCUAAUUGCAAAACUUCAGCAUCGCAACCUCGUAAAGCUUCUUGGUUGUUGCAUUCAGCAAGAAGAGAAACUUUUGAUUUAUGAGCUCAUGCCCAACAGGAGUUUGGACUACUUUAUUUUUGAUGAUGCUAGAAGAAAAUUAUUGGAUUGGACUAAGCGCUUUCACAUUAUUAGUGGUACAGCUAGAGGCCUAGUCUAUCUGCAUCAGGACUCUAGGCUAAGAGUCAUUCAUAGAGAUCUAAAAACUAGUAAUAUUCUUCUUGACGAAGAAAUGAAUGCAAAAAUAUCAGACUUCGGUCUUGCUAGGACAUUUGCAAGUGAUCAGACUGAAGACAAGACUGGAAGAGUGGUGGGAACUCAUGGUUAUAUUUCGCCCGAGUAUGCAGUGCGUGGAUCUUUCUCAAUGAAAUCUGAUGUGUUCGCCUUUGGUGUAAUCGUGCUUGAGGUAGUCAGUGGGAGGAAGACAAGAGAGUUUUGUGUCCCAGACCAAAGUCUUAACCUUCUGGGAUUUGCAUGGAAGCUAUGGAAUGAGGAGAGGACUUUGGAGCUGGUAGAUGAAUCACUGCGUGAUUCGGUGAAUGAAGAUGAAGCAUUGAGAUGUAUUCAGACAGGGCUGUUGUGUGUGCAAGAGAGACCAGAACAUAGGCCUAACAUGUCAUCUGUAGUUCGUAUGUUGGAUGAUGAUAAACCAUUGCCUCGGCCAAGGUUGCCGGCAUUUUAUUCACACCAACAAGAUUCUACACUGAUUGAAGGUGAAGAUGGUGAAGAAGUUCAUUCAGCAAAUGAGGUUACCAUAUCAUUGUUAGGGGCAAGGUAG